AUGGCGUCUUCUACUCAAGACAACCCUAGUCCCUCUGCCUCAUCCAUUUUUCUUCCACUUGGACGAAGGGGCCGGAGAGACUCCAAAUCCUCCUUGUCUACUGAUUUAGAUCAGGAUGCCCUCAACCAUGCCCUCAAUACCAUCCAUACCGCAGCCUCUCAGUCGAACAAUCUCACCGUCUUCAACGAGUAUACAGAUCCUCCCGCGGCCGCCUCGAAUCAUGAAAACAAAUCGUUGGCCGGUGAGAUACAGGGCGGGAUUUCAGGUCUCUACAACAAACUCAAGGCCAGUGUGGGCGCUGUGAAAGAAAGCGAAGACCGCCAUCAAGAACCAGUUGCACUGAUCCUUCCGGAGGAUUUGGUGGCUUCUAAACCGAGCUCUGGGCUAACGUCCAAAGCGCAGUCGCCCAGGCUGCCUGCUUUUGACUCUCCUGUUGCUGUUGAGCAGCACCCAUAUGCGUCCAAGAUGUCCUCUAAAGCGACAAGUAUAUCUAAGGUGUCCCUGCCGUCGACUCCCUCGAUCAGAUCGCCUACUGGUCAUCCCCAGCCUUCAGCCCACUUAGCUGAUCCUUCUGUUACAAAUGUCAAUAUUCAUGCUGUCGGUGCAGGGGGGCACUCAAGAACUGGGUCUGGCUUCGAUCUUGAAUCACCCAAAGGGGAGAGGAACAUGACAGCAGCUACCGACAGCGACGGGCUCCGGAGAGUUUUCUCGAAACCUAACACCGAGAGUACCACAACUGAUAGGACUAAUCGUCAUAUUACCUCGCCUCGACUUUCUGCUUCUCAAAGACCAAACUCCAAACUGGCUGUGUCGCACGAGCGCGGGCUAUCGUCCGCUUCCACGCAGAGCCAUACGAGUCAUUUAGACGCUUUGCCAAACUUACAACAAUCCACGCCUAGUGGAGAUGUGUCUGUUUCCCGUGUUACUUCCAGGCAGGACGUCACGUCGUCUCAGAAACACCACAGCAACCCAUUGGACCUGCUUGCCGAGAAUGCUGUUCAUGCUAGCAGAAGCCAUCCAGGGCCGCACGGAAAACCAAACGAUCCUCCGGCUCUAAAAUCACCCGUUUCCAUGACUUCAGAGUCACGCCCUUCUGAAAAGCUCGCGCCCCGAAUCAGCCAAUCCAAGUUACCAGGCUUUCGCACUUCCCGGACGUCUUCAUCUGAUUCCACGGUUCUAACGAGAAUGUCGCGUCCCAGACGAGACGACUCCACAGGUACCGAUUUGGAUGAUGGUUUGCGAGCUUCUCAAGCACGUCCUGUCAACCGGUUGAGGAGCAAGCUUCUGAGCAAGGAGUUCUGGAUGCGGGACGAGAAUGCCAAGGAUUGCUUCCACUGUGGUGAACCGUUCACAACAUUCCGUCGCAAGCAUCACUGCCGGACCUGCGGACAGAUCUUCGAUAAUAAGUGUACUGUCGUUAUUAGCGGAAGUCACUUCGGAGCCAACAGUGCUGUUCGUGUCUGUAAACCUUGCGAAUCCAUCAUCACUUCUCACGAUGACGAUUCUUCCGACUACUCAGUCGAAGAUCUAUCUCUCACAGAGGUUGGCGCACGUCCUCGUACGCCGGAAACAAAUUUUCAAACUCGGGUGCUUGCACGCAAUGAUGAUGAUAAUGCUUCUCUGGCUUCCCAAUCCUUGGAGCAAAUGUCAAAGACUCCUACUAUGAGCUUCCCUCUUCGGCGGGCGUUUGAAGGUGCUAAUCGGAGUUCGGCUGUCCUUGAAUUCGACACCACAGACCGUCCGUUGCCUCGACCAAGCUCGUCCAGGUCAUUGAAACCAACUCACUCUAUUGGUCACGGCCAUAAGCGACAUCAUUCUAAUAAGCACCAACAUAUCCGAAAUUUCAAAGCCUAUCACGAAGAUCGUGCACCUUUUCAACGGCGCGCUGCCGAGGAAGUUCUAAAAGAAGGGAAAUCGUCUGCUUUCCACCGUGACAGUAUCAUCGAUCCCGACCUUGCACAAUAUCUCUCUGAUGACCCAUCUAGUGAGGAUGAGCCCUCCAUCAACGACGCCAUAAGCGCGGACAAGCUCUCGAGUAGCGGGCCCAGCAACGAUAGAACUGCGAUCGGUGGCCUCCUCGCUGCCGUACGAAAAGGGCGAUCUCGAAUUGGCGAUCGCAGCAUUGCGGGACUCCUGAGCCUGGGAAAGGAUAACGACGAUGCCAGCGUAGUUGGCUCUCGCAAUGUUGAAUCUUUGAGAGGCUCUCGAAAACGAAAUCUCAGUGUCUCGAGUAGCAUUCACCAAAGGACACCUCGGACAACAAGAGAACGGUUACAGAUAAUCAUUCCGACUCAGGAUGAUGUACAGGACUCUGCGGCCGAGAGUUCCAGCAUCUACCGUGGGCGGUCACGGAUGAUCCGCAGCGCGUCUAUGCGUGGAGUGGCUGCUCCGGCAAUGGAACUCAACCGUGCCAGUAUACAACACGUACAUAAGCUUCUUCAGCAGCUUCUUAAAGAUGCUGAUGUCCCAAAGGUGUCGAGUUGGGAAGAUGCCCUGAUUCCGAUCCUUCUCAAAGCUACCGACGACGUUGAUCCCGAUGUUCAGGGCGGUGAUGACAUAGAUAUUCGCAACUAUGUGAAGCUAAAGAAAAUACCGGGGGGGAAACCAGGGGACACAGCAUACAUUUCUGGUCUGGUAUUCACAAAGAAUGUGGCUCUGAAGAGUAUGGCUCGCUCCCAUUCAAAUCCCAAAAUCUUGAUCAUCACUUUUGCUCUAGAAUACGCUCGACAUGAGCAGCAUUUUCUGAGUCUGGACCCUGUCAUUAGGCAGGAAAGGGAGUACCUGAACAAUCUUGUGGGUCGUAUUGCUGCCCUAAAACCGGAUGUUCUUUUGGCUCAGCGCAACAUCUCUGGGCUGGCAUUGGAUCUUUUGGAGAAGGCCAAGAUAACGACGAUAUUCAACGUCAAAUCGUCUGUCCUCGAAGCUGUCUCAAGAUGCACACGAGCUCGGGUCAUGCACUCAAUGGACAAGCUCACAUCACAGGCGGACCCCUUCGGCCGCUGUGAUUCUUUCGAGGUCAAGACCUUCGUAGCCGAAGGCCGAAAGAAAACAUACGUCUAUCUAUCCGGCUGCCCUCCAGCUCUUGGCUGCACGAUCGCGCUAAGGGGUGCCGAUCGGCAAACACUUACUAAGAUCAAGCACGUCACGGAAUUCAUGGUGUAUGUUGUAUAUAACCUGAAGCUAGAGACUUGCUUGAUGAGAGAUGAGUGGGCUCUCAUUCCAAGUGCUCCAACUGUGCAAGGAGCAGACCUUGUUAUUACUGGAUCAGCGAAUACAACUUGCAAGGCACCUUCGGUGAGCAAUGAAGCUCCUCAACCUACGAAAACCAGAGAAACAGAAGCAACCAAUGUUGAUAGUCUACCGAAGGCAGAAGCCGAUACCUCCAACACAGAGGCUGACUCCUCGGAAAGGGACAGUACUACCAUGACAGCCACCAGAAUGGACACAGCGGAUUCGGUCCACAUUCCGGACGACAUUCCCGUGCCUACGUUUUAUGAAGACCUUGUACUGAAGCAUGAAACCCGGAUUCUCUCCGCAUCGCCAUUCGUCAAGUUCUCGCAACCUUAUCUGUUAAUGCGUGCCCGUGAGUUAGAGAGGCGGGUGGUAUAUCUUAAAAGACUUAGAGACCAGGAUUUGUCUGCCGAGCAAGCAAUAGAAGACAAGGGCAAGACUGCCAAGUUUACCCUGCUGCAGCCCGAGAUGGUUCAUAGACCCUUAGCUGGAGCGAGCAAGAAGGUCAGGGAAAUUAUUCAUGCUGUUCACGACGCUGAGUACGACAAAGCCGUCUACAAUUACGAAACUCAAAAGAAGCAGUGGGAAACCUACCUUUCGGGAAACCGCAAUCUCUUCGAUCCAUUCGCCCACCAGAACAUCGUGGUGCUGUUCAGUCUCGUCUCCACAGAAACCUCUGUACCAUGCUCAGGACCGGAUCUUUUGGCCUUCAGCUUCUACAAUGAGCACGAGACAGAAGCCGAAUUUGAAGCCGACUGCACACUUGGGCAAUAUGUUGAGGAUCUCUGCUAUCGCGCAAAUGAGGCUUGCCAAUCAGAAGCUUGUGAAAAGAAGAUGCACGAUCAUCACCGACAGUACGUGCAUGGGGAAGCCCAAGUUACGGUUUUUGUACUACCAUAUCCCGCAAAGAUGCGUGGUUUCCAAGAUGUUAUACUCAUGUGGAGUCAGUGUAAAGUCUGCGGCGUCGAAACAACUGUCACCCCUAUGUCACCAAGUACCUGGAAAUACUCCUUCGGAAAAUACCUCGAGCUCUCCUUCUGGAGUGCAGAUCUUCACGCUCGAGCUGGAAUCUGUCCUCACGACCUUCAUCGAGACCACCUGAGGUACUUUGGGUACAAGGAUUUUGCCUUGCGCGUUCAUUAUGAUCCUAUCGAUCUUCUGGAGAUCAUUGUUCCAAGAAUGAGAAUCACUUGGAAAGUUGACAACGACCUGAAAUUUCGUAAUGAAGUAUAUACGCGGUUGGAACAGCGAAUUACACGAUUCAUGGUAUCCGUCAAACUUCGCUUAAAGAACAUCAAUGUCGAUGCUGUAUUACCUGAGGCUGCAGAGGCCUGUCGCGCUGAGAUUGAGAAGCUAACUAAGAGAGCCACCGAAGAACAUGCCAGCCUAAUCAAGAAGCUUCAAGAAAGCUACACAAAUUCAAGGUACUGGGAGACCAUCCCUUUGAACAGCAUCGUACGAGAGAGUCAAGAAAAGGUAUCAGAAUGGGACACUGUCUUUUCUGACUUCGAGCGGGACUUCUUCCCUUCAGAAAAAGAUAUCCGGAGACUAGCCACUUUGCAGCUCAAGAAAAUAUUCCUAGAUCGUGAUGUUUCGGUGACCUCGCUUACAACCCAGGAUGAGGGUCUGGCAACGCCAUCCACCGACGACAGGUUUGAUGAAAAGGAAGAAUUGGAAGAGAAACGACCCGAUAUGCUUGAACUACGCAGAGGUUCAAAGCUUUCCCCGGAGAAGACGCAGGAUGUCCUUCAAUCUGUCCUCAAUGAGCAUUCUAACCACGCAUCGACAGAAGACGAGGCACUAUUGUCGCCGGCAUCGACGCAAAAGGACGUCCAAAGUCUUCCUUCUGUAUUGGAUGGACCAAGGAAUAUUGAAGAUGUCAAACAUCUGGAUCUUGCAAUAGAAUUGCCGGGCCACCGAGAAACCAUUCCUUCCAUCGCUGCAGAGGAUGCAGCGACCGACGAGCAACGAGAAGCACUUGUCUCCGAACUUUCUACUACCCUUUCCCGAACUACUGAAGCGUCUGGGACCCCGGUUACCAGUCCCAAAACGCAGGCGAUUGAUAUGCCUGUGUCAGCUGAAGAUCACGCUCAAUCAUCGUCAGUGCGGCGAACGGCUGAUGGUCAAGUCACCUCUCCGAAGCUAUCUCGCGCACAUUCUCAGCCAGCCGGGGUUCUAUCUCUACGCCAGACCGCUGGCCAACCACCAUCUAGCACAUUGUCGGCAAUAAACGCUAUGAACGGUUUUGGAUCUUCCAAAAAUAAUCCUUCUUUGCCAGCAAUCAGUUCUGAUUCUAACCUCCCCGUUCCCGACAAAAAGCUUUCUGAACGAUUGGGACUCUCACAGCUCAAAAAGAAUACAUUCUCCAAAGGACAUUCGCUUAUACCACGAGCGAUCAAGGAACGAAAAGAAUCACGCGUGUCAAACCUAGCCAAGCAUUUCGAACAGCUUAGUCGCGAGUUUGAACGUGAGAGAAUUAGAGAGAGGAAGUUGAGGGCCGCUAGGAAUAGACAGUCCAGGAUCUAUCCAUUGGCAGUGUCAAAGCCAAUCGUUGAGGUCUACAAAGAUGUUGACGAGGCAGUUGAAGAAAGAGAUGACUCGGAUGAUGUCUUCGGUAUGGACGAGGCUCCGGACAUUGACCAAACGUCAGCAAAUCUGGUGCAAGGUUUGGCGCAAGUCGAAACUACUCAGCGGGAGGCGCACCCUUUGUUGACAACGGCAUCACCCGAUAACUUGGAGAAUGAGGUAGAUGCGCAAAUCUCGAGUCACGCUCCUUCUGAGAACGAAGAUCGAAGCGAUGUUGAAGAGGUUUCAGAAGAGAUAUACCUUCCGGACUCACCCGAAGACCUGCUACGCAUGUCCCAGGAAGAUAUGGAUCUCAAAGAACUUCCCAAACACGAACGUACCUCUCUCAUGAAGAUGUUGACCAAUUUCUGGGCCGAACGAUCAGCAAGUGGAUGGACUCCACUUGAGUAUCCUCUUGGAGCAUCAGAUCAUAUCUUUGCCGAUUGCGACAUCAUCGUUCGUGAAGAUGAGCCAAGCUCCAUUAUUGCGUUCGCCCUUGACUCGCAAGAUUACAAAACCAUGCUGCAGGAUUUGCAAAAUCGUCCUGUCCGCGAUAGUGUGCAUUAUAUGGGUGGACAUGAUCAUUCGGACGCUCUGCAGGCCGAUGUCAUGCACUCUCUGCUACGGAAGACUGGUACCCACCUAAAAUACCAGUUUCAGGAAGGGCCGGCCAAGAUGCUCUGCAAGAUAUUCUUCGCUGAGCAAUUUGACGCUGUCCGCAGGAAAUGCGGCGUUGCUGAUAGAAUCAUCGAGUCACUCUCGAGAUGUGCCAAAUGGGACUCGAAAGGUGGAAAGACAAAGUCCCUCUUUCUCAAGACCUUGGACGAUCGAUUCGUGCUGAAGUCACUUUCACCUAUCGAAACGCAGUCAUUUCUCAAGUUCGCUCCGAACUACUUCCAGAUCAUGUCCGAGGCGUUCUUCCAUGAGUUGCCCUCUGUAAUCGCGAAGAUGUUGGGCUUCUACCAAAUCAUCAUCAAGAACCCAGUGACGGGUCUCGAGUACAAUUGGUUUCUGUUGGUGAUGGAGAACCUGUUCUACGAUCGUAUUCCCACGCGAAUUUUUGAUCUGAAAGGCAGCAUGCGCAACCGCAAGAUCAACGCCACUGGCGAGCAGAACGAAGUACUCUUGGAUGAGAACAUGGUGGAAUUCAUCUACGAGUCUCCCUUGUUCACACGUGAGCAUAGCAAGAAGCUCCUGCGAAGCAGUGUUCACAACGAUACACUCUUCUUGGCCAGGCAAAAUGUCAUGGACUAUUCGUUGAUGGUCGCCAUUGACGAAGUAAGGAAGGAACUCGUUGUGGGGAUCAUCGACUGUAUUCGCACGUAUACUUGGGAUAAGAAGCUUGAGAGUUGGAUCAAGGACCGUGGUUUUGCACGUGGAGGGAAGAACCGGCCCACAGUGACAAGUCCUAAGGAGUACAAAAGAAGGUUCCGCGAAGCAAUGAACCGAUACGUGCUAGAGGCGCCCAAUUGUUGGCAUCAAUUCAAACCUGUCAAGGUGGAGAGGAGGAUGUUGCGUAUCGAAGGUGGUGAUAAGGACGGGGACGUUGGCGAGAACGAGGUGCAAAUUUUGUCGUAG